UCAGUAUAACUGAACUUAUAUGCUGUUAAAAAAGUGGAAAAAAUGUAAAGUUCAAGCUAAAUGUAUCUAAAUUACAUUCUUUUCUGGUACCGAUAUGAAAUACCUUAGAAGACAAUAUAUGACAUGGGUUUUUAUAUGUAUAUUAGGAUGUGCAGCGUCUUACGCUGAUGCAUGUGAUCAAUGUGGACACGAACAUUCCAGGAAACUUGAUCAUGGAGUCGAAUAUUCCAGGAAUCUUGACGUAGCUAGAACAACUAAUAUCGAUGUAGAUCCUAAAGAAUCUUAUAUAGAACUAUACUCUAAUAGACAUCAUACAAUUGGCAAUCCUAACUAUGAAGAUGAGUAUAGAGAUGUUGCUAAUAAACAAGUUAUUUAUUUUGAAAAUGAUAAAGGUAAACAAUUUAAUAUUAACAACAGUCCUAAUGAACGUAAUAUAAUAGAAUAUAUUAAUUUUAAAGAUGGAUAUGGAGGAGAAGUUCACAAUUAUAUCAAUACUAAAGAUCAUCAACAUGAUUACAUCAGAAACAGUGAAGAAAACAAUUAUAUAUCGAAUGUUACAACUGCAACUACUAUUUCUUUAGCAGGAUACGAUGACCAAAUAAUAAAUCUAAUGAAAGAUAUCCAAAAACAUGGUGCAGGGUUCGAGUUACUAGUAUAUUUCUAUUUGUACACAAAUUAUAGUUUUCAAUACAUUGGUUACAUUUUCACAAACAAAAAGAUAUUCCGUGAUUCUAUUCUGAAAUAUACACAUUAUUUUUGUUUAGGUCACAAUAAAAAGGAUUGUUUGUGUUUGAAAAAUCUAGAAAAACCUUCUCAAGUACAAGUAGAUCAAAAAGUUAAUAGUAACCCAGAAUUUAAUAAAAUCGCUUAUUUAGACAGCAUACCUGGUAAAGAUGUUACUACUGAACCAGAAGUAAGCAAGUUUGAUUACACAGAUAGUGCAAUAAGUGAACCUAAAGUAUAUUAUCCAGAGACACAAUCUUUGGAGUCACAAGAGUUCAUACUAGCAAAAGAAAGGGAUACAAACUUAAAAGAUAUUUAUGAAGAUGUUACUGUACUAUCAGAAGGAGUACAUGAAAAUAAUAUUGUGCAAGAUAUGCAAGAUAUGCAAAAUAUAAAGGAUAAGGCAGAACAUAAAGUUGACAUUACAAAUCUUUCUGACAGUAAUGUUGGAUUUGCUUUACCUAAAUUAGACGAGCAAAAUAUUGAUUCAACUAUUAAUAAACCUGAUAAUAGCUACAUUAUGACAGACUCUGUAAAUACAGGUAUUUUAAACAAUGGAAGUAAUUAUGUGAACAGUGUCACAGAUCAAGAAACUAAUCAAGAGAAUACUCUUGUUUAUAAUUUACCAAAUAUCAACUUACCUGAGACUAAAACAACUUCUGAAUUACAAUUAAAACCAAGUUCUUAUGAGGAAGAAGAAAAUAUUCCAAAUAUGCUGUUAAUAUAUAGCGCUGAUAAUACAAAACCAGAAGAUCAAAUAUCUACCAGAAGAUCAGAAAAUUUAGAACCUGAGAGUAUAAUUUCAAGGCAAAUGACUGCUAAUCUAAUCAAUGAUAUAACCCAAAUAAUUUAUGAAACCAAGGUGCCAAAAAUCGAAAAUAAUAAAAAUGAGAUCUAUAAUGCAAACAUUUUAAAUCAAGUAGUUGGCAAUAACAGUGAUGUAACUGAUAGUAUAACUCCUAUUCAGAUCGAUGGAAUUAUGGAAAUUAACCCUAAUUUAGAAUUUGCAACUGUUAUGGACAAUGCAACGGAUACAAAACCUAAUGAUAAAAAUGUACUAUUCAAUCCUGCUCCAAGCAAUAAAAGUGAAAUGACACCUGAACCAAAUAAUAUAAAUAACAAUAUAGAUUUUGAAAUGAAUGAGUCAGAUAGACUCAAAGAUAAAAGUGAUUUUGUAACUAUUGAUAACAAUCUUAUUCAAAAUUCUAAUGAUACAACAGAAAAUAUUUCAAAUAUGCAGUUAAUACAUGGCACUGAUGAUAUUAAACUAGAAGAUCAAAUAUCUCCCAAUGUGGAAAAUUUAGAAUCUAAAAAUAUGAUUUUAAGGAAAAUGACUGCUCAUUUAAUAACCAAACCAAAUCAAACUGAAAAUAACGAAAAUAGGAUCUCUUAUGCAGAUGCAAACAGUUUGAAUCAAGCAGUAGCUAAUAACAGUGAUGUAAAUAACAGUUUAACUCCUGUUCAAAUGAAUGGAUUUAUAGACAUUAUCCCUAAUAUAGAAUUUACUAAUAUUAUGGACGAUACAAUGAGUACCAAACCAAAUGAUAAUCAUAUAUUGUUAAAUCCGGUUCCAAGCAAUGAAGUUAUUGCAAUGACACCUAACAUAAAUAAUAUAGAAAAUAUCACAGAUCUUGAAAAUGAGAUAAAUGGACUCAAAACCAAAAGUAAUUUUGUAACUGUAGAUAACAAUCUUAAUCAAAAUACUGAUAACAUAAUUGUAUUUUCACCUUCUACACCACCGCCUAUAAUAAUUGAUACAGUACAAGAUAUUCUUGUCCCAAACAUAGCUCAGAUAACCUCAGAUACUGAACCAAAAGUUACAGUUACAUCAGGAACAAUAAAUAACAAAGAAAUACAAUAUAGGACCUAUGCAACUAACUUACAUGACGCUACCAUACCUUCCAUUGUUACAAAAGAGGUCAAUGAAAAUGAAUUAUCUAAACUCUCACCAAAAGCAAGUGUUAAAUCUCAAGUCCCGUGUUACAAAUUUGUAAACCUGAACCAUUAUAACUUUCCAAAUUUUGAUACAAACAUGAAAAAAAUACCUGAGACUUAUGCACAUAAUAACAAUUUAAAAACACAACCUUAUAAUAAUAAAAAUUACCAAUUAUUUGGUAACAGACAAUACCCUCAUAUUCAUCCUUGGAACUUUUUACAAAAUGGCGACGUCAGUAAACAAAAUCAAUCUAGCUUUCAAAGUUUAAAUCAAACUAAUAACUUUGAUACACUUAUGCAGUGGCCAAAUAAGUUCUUACAUCCAAUCAAUUCAGGCUUACAUGGGCAUAAAGAUUUGCAAGAAAACAAACUAUACUACCAUGAUCUAAUAUCAAAUAUUAACCAAGCUAAAAAUCUCUACACACUUGGUUCUUUAAAAUAUGUUCAGACUCCAAAUACGUCAAAGCCCCUGCUAUCCAAAUACAAAAAUAUAGUUACGUAUCUAGAACCAGUCGCUAGUAAGAAAGCAGAAAGUAUUUUAGAUUUUCCUCAAGUGAAUCCAGACAAUAAUCAUAACCAAAAUCCACAAAUAGAAAUCUUCCCACAAUUUAGAAAAGAGAGUUUACUAAAAACUCUGGAUAAUUCGAAAGAUUAUGAAGUUGACCGAAAUCAAAUUGGUAUCACUUUGUCUGAUAAAAGUAAAGAGCACACCGAAAAUUAUGUGAAUUAUAAUAACAAGCCAUUUGAUACUAAUACAUAUAAUACAAUUUCUAGCCCAACAACAUUAUUACCAUAUUAUCCAUAUAAUGGUAAAAAAAUUAAAAGUUAUGUACCAUAUUUUGGUUCAAAUGCAUACUAUGUGCUAGAUCCCUGUGCUUAUAAAAAUAUAUUAACUUUGGAAGGAUAUGAUAAACCAACAGUAGAAAUAUCAAAUACUCCUGCUACUCCACAAGAUUUGACAGACAAAGGAGACACUUUAUUAGGUAAUUAUAAUGCACUACCUAGCCGUCAGUAUAUAAUGGCAGGAUUUGUACCUACUAAUGGUCAUCUUCACAUACCAACAAACAUACCUUUAAAACUCAACACGAAUGCACUACCAAUUAAUCAAUACUAUAACAUAUAUCUAAGUAAUUUAUCACAAGCUAAACAUAAUUUAACGCCAUUAACAAGCAAAAUAGAUUUAGCUAAUAAAAACCAAUAUGCUAUAUCUACUGCACCAACAAAACCUAUAGAAUCUUUUACUGCUGUUAAUAAUGUAUUAAAAAUAGAAGAUGGUGUAACAAAUAAUGUACUACAAAAAGAUUACCUUAUUGAACCAAUCAUUAAAUAUGUAAAUGAACCACAAAUACUUGAAUGUUUGAAGUCUAUAACUCCAGAAACUAUUCCUCUAAGAAAACUUGGAUCAAAUGAUGUACGAAUCAUUUCUCAACCACAUUUACAAAACUAUAAACCAUUAAUAAACAGUAAACCAUUUAGAACUUCAUUCGAUUUUUCGCCAUCGAAAUCAAAAUCUCUACUAAAUCUUAAAGGUGUGUCACAACCAGAUCAAACACCUAACAUUUUAGAGCCCUAUGGAUAUUAUACUGUAGCUCCAAAAACUGAACCCUUGGCUCAAGAUUUAAUUAAAACAGGUUUUUCAAAUAACAUUAAUGCCAUUCCUAUCGGUCUACAUAAAGAUUUACUUCAAAAUGUUUCACCAACAGCACUUAAUCCUUAUAACCAAAAAGUCAAAAGUUCAUCUUCUUAUCCUUCUUCUACUCUCCCAGCUUCUCCAAUGGCUGCUUAUUAUCCUUUUUCUUCUGUAGCGGUUAUACCACCACAUGAUAUAACCCCAGUCUCACAUCAUCACAAUUCAUUAUUGCCACAAUCUAAUACUGAAUCAUCAGUGAAGACAUUAUUUCAGUCUAAACCAGGUUUUAUUGAACAAAGGCCAUAUACAUCUUAUACUGUAGCUCCAAAAACUGAACCCUUGGCUCAAGAUUUAAUUGUAACUGGGCUUCCAAAUAACUUUAACGCUAUUCCUAUAGGACUAAAUAAAGGUUUACUUCAAAAUGUGUCACCAACGGUACUUAAUCCAUACAUCCAAAAAGUUAAAAGUUCAUUGCCUAAAUUUAUAUCCCCAACGAUAACCGACUCUACUUAUCCUUCCUCGUCUUUCUCAGUUACUCCAAUGGCUGGUUAUCAUCCUUUUUCUUCUGUAUCGGUUAUUCCACUACAGGAUAUAACCACAGUCUCACAUGGUGAUUUAUCAACCAACUCACUAUUGCCAGAAUCACCAAAGAAUAAAUUAUUUCCGUCUAAACCAGGAUUUUUUGAACAAAGGCCAUACACAUCUCAUACUAUAGCUCCAAAAACGGAAUCCUUGACUCAAGAUUUAAUUGUGACAGGGCUUCCAAAUAACUUUAACUCCAUUCCUACAAGUGUAAGUAAAGCUUCACUUCAAAAUGUGUCACCAACACAACUUUAUCCGUAUAACCAAAAAGUUAAAAGUUCAUUGCCUAAAUUUAUAUCCCCAACAACAACCGACUCUACUUUUCCUUCCUCUUCUUUCUCAGUUACUCCAAUGGCUGGUUAUCAUCCUUUUUCUUCUGUACCAGUUAGUCCACUACAGGAUAUAACCACAAUCUCACAUGGUGAUUUAUCAACCAACUCAUUAUUGCCAGAAUCAUCAGUAAAUAAAUUAUUUCCGUCUAAACCAGGAUUUUAUGAACAAAGGCCAUAUAUAUCUCAUACUGUAGCUCCAAAAACGGAAUCCUUGGCUCAAGAUUUAAUUGUGGCAGGGCUUCCAAAUAACUUUAACUCCAUCCCUACAAGUGUAAGUAAAGCUUCACCUAAAAAUUUAUCACCAACACAACUUAAUCCGUAUAACCAAAAAGUUAAAAGUUCAGUGCCUAAAUUUAUAUCCCCAACGAUAACAGACUCUACUUAUCCUACCUCUUCUUUCUCAGUUACUCCAAUAGCUGGUUAUCAUCCUUCUUCUUCUGUACCAGUCAUUCCACUACAAGACAAAACCAUAGUUCCUUAUGAUAACUUAUCAACUAAUUCAUUAAUGCCACUAUCUAUUUCAGAGUCAUUUAGAAAUUCAUUAUUACCUUAUCAGACACCAGAGUUUUUUGAACAAAGACCAUAUAAAUCAAAAGAUAAGUAUGCACCAAGAUCUAAAUUCAUAUCCUAUCUUUUCCCUCCAAAAGAAGAAGAUACAGAUAAACAGAACUCUGCAGCUAAUUAUUGGAAUAUUCCUUCAUCUAAUUUAGAACCCUUCGCUACAAAGGCAUUUCCAAAUGAAAAUAUUAUAGGUACGUCUUCAGUGUUAUCUUCACCAACAACGAUACCAGCUAAACAUAAACAUACACAGUUGCUUAGUGACACAACUUCUUUUAAAUCUAUGUCUGGAUUAGAAGCUUUAGUACCAUCAAAGCAAUCUAAAACUGUACCAUAUUUAAUACAAGAAGCCAAAGAUACAUAUAAACCAUACUAUAGUAACAGUAUAAAUCCAACGCAACCUUCAAAGGCAUCUUCAAAUUAUGUAACUUUGCCGUAUAACAUUAUGCCUUUAGCGCCAUACCGACACCAUUCAAAGAUACCUGCUUUCUAUGAAACUUUACCAGUUAAUCCAAUGACUGCUUAUUAUCCUUUUUCCUCUGUACCAGACAUUCCACUACAGCAUAUAACUGCAGUCUCUUCUAAUGUCUUAUCAAGUAACCCAUUAUUAUUUCAAUCUUCUGCUUAUUCAUCAACAAAUACAUUAUUUCCUUGUAAAUCAACACCAGGAUUUUUUGAACAAAGCCCAUAUACGUCUCAUACUCUAGCACCAAAAACUGAACCCUUGGCUCGAGAUUUAAUUGUAACUGGGCUUCCAAAUAACUUUAACUCUAUUCCUAUAGGUCUAAAUAAAGCUUCACUUCAAAAUGUAUCACCAACGGUACUUAAUCCAUACAGCCAAAAAGUUAAAAGUUCAUUGCCUAAAUUUAUAUCUCCAACUAUAGCUCCAACUAUUACAGAUUCUUCUAAUCCUUCCUCUUCUUUCUCAAUUACUCCAAUGGCUGCUUAUUAUCCUUUUUCUUCUACACCAGUCGUUUCAGUACAGGACGAAACCAUAGUACCUCUUAAUGACUUGUCAACCAUCUCACUAUUGCCACAAUCAACUACUGAUUCAUCAAUAAGUACAUUUUUACCUUGUCAUUCAACACCAGAAACGCCAUACAUAGCAGAAGAUAAAUACGAGCCAAAAUCUAAAUUAAUAUCCUAUCUUUUCCCUCCGAAACAAGAAUUUAGUAACAAACAAAGAUCUACAGCUGAUUCUCAAAAUAAUUAUUCAUCGAAUUUGGAAUCUCUCGCUUCAAAUACUAUUCCGAAUAAAAAUAUGAUAGAUAUGUCUUCAGUGUUACCUUUAUCAAUAACAAUGCCAGCUAAACAUAUACAUACACCACUGCUUAGAAGCACGGCUUCCGUAAAACCUAUUUUUGCAUCGGAAGGUUUACUGACAUCAAAGCAAUCUAAAACUGUUUCAUCUUUAAAACAAGAAGACAAAGAUACAUAUAAACCUACACCAUGCUAUAGUAACAGUAUAAUGCCAAUGAAACCUUUAAAGGCAACUUCCAGUUAUGCAAGUUGGCCAUUUAGCACAAUGCCAUUAACAUCACACCAUCAUUCUUCAAAAAUACCUUUCUAUAAAGCUUUGCCGCACAAUGUAGUAACAUACGUGAACGAAUUUCCAUCAAAUUCUAUUUUCGCUGCGCCAGAGCGUUCAAUUUUAACACCUGCCCCAAAACAUGAUAUCAAAUCAUCUAAGGACACUUUAAAUUAUCCACAUUUAUCACCUGUAUCACCUAUCAAUGCUAAACUAAGUUCUACUACACAAUCGCAAAGUACUUUCCAGUUUGUACCAUACUCGCCUAAAACAGGACCUAUUUCUUCUUAUGGAGACAAAUACUCAACUUUGACAAAUCCGUUAUCUAAAUCAAGAGGUACAAAUAUUUUAGUAUCACAAAAUUUUAUACCACAAAUUUCCGAAUUUCCAAUAUUACCCGAAUUUCUUCCUACAUUAUCUUCUCUUGAGAAACCUCGAGAUUUUACACUAAAUUUAGAUACAAAAUAUACAUAUUCUCCAUUCUACCAACAACUUACCUCAAAAUAUGACAAAAGGUAUGAGUCACAAGGUCCAUUUUCUUCCAAUUAUAAAAACAUACCUAAAUAUGGAUUACCUGGUCAAGUUACUUACACUGAACCUACAUCUUUUCACCAAACUCCAAAUAUAGGUUCUGCUUAUGCAGUACCUAAAUUGGCGUUCCAAUCAAAUCUUCCAACUAUAUCCAAAUUAGGUUUGCCAAAAUCGCCAAUUUUGUCAAUGAAUAAUCUUUCACAUCUUAAACCUCCUGAAUCUUAUAACACAUUGCCUUCUUUCUUUUCAGGAUACAAAACAGACAAUUUAGCAAAUAAUAAAAUGUUCAUGCCCAAUUUACCAUUAUAUUCGCAAAGUGAAAUAGUGUCUACACCAAAAAGUUCAGAUAAAAUGCCUUAUAGCGCUGCUACAUCAAAUUCUAUCUUACCUGGGCGUAGUUUCGAAACGUCUUUUUUAUUUCCAAAUUCUCCGACAAACAAAUUAAAUAAGUACUAUUUACAGGACAUUCAAUAUUUACCAAAUAAGACCACAGAAAUAUCAUUAUCAGAAGUAACUCCAUCUGAUUUAACAACUUCACCAAAUUUAGUAAAUGGUACACCACUGAGUUUAGGUACGGAAUCAAUACCUUUUGACCUAACAUCAAUAUCACAUGAUAAUUUACCAGUAGAUUCAUCACCUUCAGGUUAUCAUUCGCACGUUACAUCUCCUUUAAAUUUUUCCCCAAAUAAAUUUAAUAACGUGUUGUCUUCUUUAUUACCAUACAGUAAGGUUAUUAAAAGUAAAAAUGAAGAACCAUCACAAAAUUUAACACCUACAUCAUCGAAUACAAUACCUUCAGUUACCACUGCCAUUAAUACUCUUAUUGCCAACCCACCAUCUGCAUCUAAUACUGGGUUGCCUUUUUCUAAAUCUAUUUCUAAACCAAAAUUACAAACUCCAUAUUUAUCACCUUGUUUUAAUGGUUUACCAUCAAACAUGUAUUACGCGCCUGAAUUUACUAAAAGACCUUUGGAAACAUAUCUUCCUGCGUUGACAAAAGAUCACAUUAAUACACGUGUACCAAACCUUAGCUUUUCUAAUUUUCAAGACAGUCAACAAACCAUUUCACCACUACUUAAUCCAAAAAAUUCUCAUUUAUCUCCAAUGGUUAACGACAAAAUUACAUGGGCUAAUUUGGAUGGUAAGCGUAAAAUAACACCCAUGCCACCUUUUUCAUACCCUCUUGGAAUCAAAUCCAAUUCUGUACCUCUACAAUCUGCAUUCUACCCUUUACCAUCACCAUCGUUAGCAGCAAAAGUUUCAUAUCCAGGUCCACAAAUACCUUUAUCAUUAACAGGUUAUUCACCUUUAAGUUCUCUCACAACACCAUUUAUUCAAAAACCAAAUUUUAUACAAGAUGUUACAGAUUCAACACUAACCCCAACAUAUACUUCAUCAGUACCUACAAGUACACAAAUACCUACAGCAUUUAUAGGUUAUCCACCUUUUAGUUCUCUCACCACUCCACCACCAUUUAUUCAAAAACCAAAUUUUGUACCAGAUGUUACCGAUUCGGCACAAACGCCAACAUACGCUUCACCAAUACCUUCAAGUACAAAAAUACUUUCACCAUUUAUAGGUUAUCCACCUUUUAGUUCUCUCACAACUCCAGCAUCAUUUAAUGAAAAACCAAAUUUUAUACCAGAUGUUACAGAUUCUACACAAACCCCAACAUAUGCUUCAUCAAUACCUUCAAGUACACAAAUACCUUCAUCUUUAGCAGCUUAUUCACCUUUUAGUUCUGUCACAACUCCACCACCAUUUAUUCAAAAACCAAAUUUUAUACCAGAUGUUACAUAUUCUACACAAACCCCAACAUAUGCUUCAUCAAUACCUUCAAGUACACAAAUACCUUCAUCUUUAGCAGCUUAUUCACCUUUUAGUUCUGUCACAACUCCACCACCAUUUAUUCAAAAACCAAAUUUUAUACCAGAUGUUACAUAUUCUACACAAACCCCAACAUAUGCUUCAUCAAUACCUUCAAGUACACAAGCACCUUCAUCAUUUAUAGGUUAUCCACCUUUUAGUUCGUUCACAAAACCAUUUAUUCAAAAACCAAAUUUUAUACCAGAUGUUACAGAUUCUAUACAAACCCCAACAUAUACUUCAUCAAUACCUUCAAUCAACAACCUCGUGUGA